AUGGCGCUCUGCUGGCUCUACUGUGGUGCAGGCCAGUGGGCAGGUAUUUUAGCUCAACCUGUUCAGCAUGCCGAACGGCAGGUGGGCCCUAGUACUACCUCGCCAACUAUACCUCCAGAUCCUGAUCUCAUAGGCGUCGAUUCAACUUCUUUGCCUGCUUCAUCGCUUACAACCUCGUCUACCUCGUCCUCAUUUACUCCUUCGCAUGUCAUGACGUCAACGGCCAGUGCACCAACCCUUUCAUCAACAUCUUUCGAGUUCUCAAUCAAAGCCAUCAACAAUAUGACGACAUGCGCCCCAGGCAUCAUCAACUGGACCUAUAAUGGUUCAUCAAGCAACAUUUUGCUCUCCAUUAUGAACGUCGAUUAUCUUCAUUCAUAUCCACAGCAUAAUCUCGCCCACCGCCAAAAUACUGCUGGACAGUUCUCUACGGCUUUAACAAACACUAGUGCUAUCUUAAACUCCUGGACGUGGCCUAAAGUGGAUCAACCACAGGGCUGGUAUACAAUACAGGGCUCUAUAGCUUCACUCAACGCCUCUUCCACUGCUUUUUUCAUUAGUAAUGGAUCCGAUACAGCUUGCUUGUUCUCCUCAUCUUUAUCGUCGGGACCCACUAGCACUGCAACCGCAGGGGAAACUUCAUCAAUGUCACUCAGUGUUGGCAAGAUCGUGGGAGUCGUGAUUAGUAGUCUAGCAGGGAUGCUCGUUCUUGCCUUGGCCAUCGCAUAUUACCUUUGUCGCCAAUGUCGCUCUCCAACUCGUGCCAGCAAACCAAAGCAGAGCGUGGGAAAGAGGUGGAGUUCGUUGAGAUCUGAUGACUUAGCUGCCAGGUCACUGGCGAGAUGCAAUGAUGACUCUACUUGCUCCCGUGGUCAUUCGAAGUCAAUGGGUGACAUAUUCAUUGUCGCAGAUAUUGGCAAAAUCUCAGAGACCACAACGACGCAGGGUUCAGACGGACAUCACGGAAGUCAUGGGGAGGAGAAAGAAGGACACCCUCGCUCGCCCAGGGGAAUGAUCCCUGCAGAUGCUAUAGACAAUCCCUUGUCGCGUUAUAAUCGCCGCAUGUCUACCCAUCAUCCUGUGAUGACGCUGAUCGCACUCAUGCCACCUCCACGCAUCAUUCAAAUCAAAGCCUUCGAGCUGCAAGCAGUUAGAAUACGAUCGUCCAUGGAAAGCUCCAUGUACCUACGUACCAAGCGCUUCUCAUUGCCAGCCCUAGCUACCCCCACUCCGCGUACACCCACAUCUCCUAGCCGAGGGCGGGACGAGCACCCACCCUCACCUGGAGUUGCAACCUCGGGCAUGGGCUCGCCCUCAAAAGGCGUUGUGUCCGUUCACCACACCUCUCGCAAACCUGUACCACACUAUGAUCACUCAGAGUUUUAUGACGACUUACGUAACGCGGCAGACAACAAGAUUACCGCCAGUGGAUCGUCACAUUUGCAUGGCACAGAGUCACUACCUCCGCUGCAUGCCAUGCCAGGGUUGUCUCACAACCGCAUUCAUAAUCUGAUCCCUGACAUGCCUUUACCAAGGGAUGAAUAG